GUAGAGUAAUAUUUUUUCCAUAACAAUUUGGUGUCAGAAGUGGGAUAGCUGAAGAUCCGCCAUGUGACACUGGAAGGCGUCGGACAGGUUAGCCACCAAGAAUCCACCAUCUAGGGGUUCUCCUCUACCUCACUGAAAACCUUCAGAGACCAGAGGGUCUGACGCCUGGAGUCAAACUGGUCCACUUCACGUCUAUUCAACGAACUCAAUACUCUACUUCCUCGUCUGAAGGGGAAUCGCACCUAGUACGUCACUCUUCUGCUCCACCCCCGUUCUCCUCCUCCUUCCUCUGCUCCUCUCUAUACCCCAACCUCACAGCUCUGAAGCUCCUCCCAGAAGAUGACCACACCUACUGUGUCCACCACAGCCAAUGGCACACCCACAGACCACCGGCAGCAGGAAGCCACUGUCCGUCCCCCUGAGCAUGCAGCUCCUCCUCCUCCUCCUCCUCCUUCCCCCUGUUCAUCAACCUCAACAGCGUCACACCAGAGCAACUGUCAACAUCAGCAACAAACUCAGAGCCGAAGGAAAAAGCAGCUGGGGUGAGACUGUGACUGGUUCUAAUCUGAGACAGACUGUUUGAUCUGAAUCCAUCAGACUGUGAAGAUGAAGACACCAGUGGUGUCUCAUGUCUGAUGGUGGAAGUCUGUGGUGCAGAUGGUCCAGUUUGGUUCAUCGUCCAUGGUCACCAAAGAACAUCAGGGCAAAGGAGGACGAGGCCAAGAUGAGGAGAUGUGGACGAGACAGAUACAACAGACAACAGCGUUUGGUCGCCGGUAGCAACGACCUGGAGGAUACAGGCAACAAGGGUUCCAAAGCAACUAAGAGGAUACAGGCAACGACGGUUCCAAAGCAACUAGGCUAUCCUGAUGAUGUCAGACUGGUGGGAGGAGCCAGUCGCUGUAACGGUGACGUACAGAUCAAACAUCAUGGAGAAUGGAGAGGUGUGAGAUAUUAUUAUUCCUCUGACCUCUGGACCCUGAAGACAGCAGAUGUCAUAUGUCGUCGACUGGACUGUGGAUCUGCUGUUUCUGGGAGAAGAUCUGUUUCAUCUGGUCCUCAGUGGUCCAUCAUUCCCACCUGUCUUCUCUCUACAUCUGCACUGAUGGACUGUGUGAGAAUAGAGCCUUACUCCGGAGGCUCCCCCCUGUCCCUCACCUGUUCAGACUCUGUCAGACUGGUCCAUGGUUCCAGUCUGUGUUCAGGCAGACUGGAGGUCCUUCCUUGUGUAAAGCUGACAUCUGGACCCAGGGACUGUGUUGAACUAGGUGAUCCCGAUCCUCGCUCACCUGGUGUGGUCAUGGGGUUCCGGGUGCUGGUGUUCUCCGACUUCACCGUCACCUGCUCCGUCCGACCGCAGUACCCGGGAGGCUCCUUCCGGCUGAUCUCCGACACCGAGAAGCCCCUGAACCUCACCCUGCCGGCCGGUCUGAAAUGA